AUGGCAACCGCAUCCUCAUCCACCGCAGCGCUCACAGCCGCAGAACAAGUCACCGACCUCCUCCCGCCCUCCCGAGUCGCACGCAACCUCGAACUCCACCUCGCCGCCGAAUCCGGCGAUCUUUCCCUCUUUAAAUCCCUCCUCACCUACCCUGCGUCUCCUUCCGAGUCAGACGCCGGAGGCGUAGAUGUAUGGUACGAAGAUCCCUCUUCCGCCAACUGGUCUGCACUCCAUUUUGCUGCUGAACAGGGACAUCUCGAAAUCGUCCAACUGUUGCUACGAAAUGGAGCGAUAUGGAAUGCUGUCGAUGCAAACGGCUUCACGGCUGCGCAGGUUGCGUGGAGCAUGAACCAUGAAAAGUGCUACAGGGCGAUCUUCGAGGAGGGUGUUAGGCAAACGUUCCUCUUGAGCGCGCUACAGGGGGCGGCAAACGAUGACGAUGAAGAUGGGGAGGAAGAGCCGGAAGCGAAGAGAACAAAGACAGAGGAAGGACCAACAGCCAUCGUAGACGGGGAACGAAUCACACUCAAACCAGAAGCGUCCGACGUAGCCAACGACACAGCUCGAUACCUCACGACACCACUGAGCUUUGUCAAGGACAGCUUGGGACAGGUACGGUGUCUCGACGCAGACAAAAACAUGGUCAUGGCGCCGUGGGAGACCGACAUCAUGCAGCUCUCCGCUUCUCUUCUUUGUGACAAUCAACCGCCAUCCUUUUCCAUCCUCAACAUCGGAUUCGGUCUCGGAAUCAUCGACAAGAUCAUCCAGACGUACAAGCCCGCUCGUCACGUCAUCAUCGAAGCGCACCCGGAUGCGAUCGCGUACGCACGUCAGCUCGGAUUCGACAAGCUUCCCGGCGUGGAACUCUUUGAAGGACGAUGGGAGGACUGGAUCCGCGAUUCCGACUCCGAAGACGACAUCGCCCGCAUGACUCAACUCGGAACCUUUGAUGCGGUGUACUUCGACACCUACUCGCAGGACUACGCCGAUUUAAAAAAAUUCUUCGAUGCGCUCCCCAACAUCACCAACGGUCCCGAUAGCAGGUUCAGCUUCUUCCACGGUCUAGGCGCGACGAACCAGUUCUUCUACGACGUCUACACACGCAUCAGCGAGCUCGACCUCAAAGAGAUCGGUCUCACCACGCAGUGGCACACCAUGGAACCACAGGUCAAGGAGGAAGAGUGGGAUGGUGUCAAGAGGAAGUACUGGGAGCUGACCAGGUAUCACUGUCCCAUUGCGAUGUUUGAUGUUUGGGAUUAG